CCUAAUUGCAAAGCGUAGACUUUAGUAUUCUUCACUUGUCAUUCAUAACAGCUGGUAAGAGCUCCGAUGGCGGAGUUAACCGAAAUCUAUAGUCGAUCGAACAACAUCACAGGAUUAGGAAUGGCGAGGCUGCAUCUUCUCGCGUAGGUAGAGCUAACAAUGGAGGCAGGAGGAAACAAUGUGAACCUAAAACUCGGGCAGCAGUUUGAUGGACAAACCAACCUUAAUAAUAGUUCAGAAGUUUUUGAUGUUGUUGUUGAUCCUUUGACAGAUUUCAAAGUUAUUGAAUUAAGCAGUGAACCAUCAUCACCUCAGCAGUCUUUCAACUUGCCAUCAUCUGUUACCAGUCAUCAUUCAGCAUCUGAAGGUACGCUUCAGAAUUUGUCUCCAAAGCCACCAACACCCUCCCCUGAAACUUCCAGCCAGUUGAUGACAGGAGAAGUCAACAAGGCAUCCUCCCUCCCUUCUAGUCCCUACUACCAUCCUGGCCGUACAUUGCGUAACAUUUUUGACACAAACAUUUGGAGCAGCGACGUAAGCUUAUCUAGUGGUAGUGGCACUAGCAGCACUGGUUGUGCGAGGGAUAGGGCUGGUAGUAGUGGUGUUGGUGGUGGAAGUAGUAACCAUCAUCGGCUGGUAGUUCCUGAAGUCCAUCGAUUUGGCUAUAACCCACCAUGUGCAGGUUCUCCCCAUGACCUGGCUUCCUGCCCUGUAGCCUCAGUUUCAGCUACUCAGAAAGGUCCCCAGGCGGAAAGACUGAGUGCAGGAAAUAAAAGCCAGAUUGAUGAGAGAUAUGAUGCACUAAAAGCUCUUAGUCAAGCUUCUUCAGCUUUGGCCCUCACUGAGACAUUGAUAGGUCCAUUAAAGAUCCCACCUGUCUCACAGGAAGUCAUUGACGAGGUUGUAUGUAACAUGGAAAAGAAGAAAUCUUCCCUGUCAUUUAUCUAUAAUGGCAGUGUUCCAGAAAAAGAAAGGAAUGCUAGUAACAAAAAUCCCACCGUUGAAAGCAUUGUACAAGCUACUGAAAGUAAUGCAACCCCAGACUCAGUACUUUUUAAUUCCUCUAUUAGUGGGAAAAACAGUAUUAGAAGUACAAUUUAUGGAACCAAAAUUCCAGUGAGCUCACUGUCAUCUGUUCUUGAACCUGAUAUACAUAAGAUUUCCAGAAAUGGUAAGGUAUGUGACUCAAAUUCUGUGCCACACAUUCAGAUAAACAGAAACAAAACAAAUAUAAUAGAUGUGAAAGGUAGCAGUGGUGAUCCAGAUAUACAAAUUGGAAGAAUGGCCUCCUCUAGGGAGGGCUUAAGUGCUAGCAGGGUGAUUGCUGUUCCUGUUGGAAUGAGCGAUCAUGGACCUGUAGAAGUGUACAAGGAAGUUCAUCCUUAUCCAGCUAGCUCUAUUACCACUGUUGUUGAAAGAUGCUCAUACAUUGGUCAGACACAAGUAGGUAUGCAGCCUCCUUCAGGAAUGAAGAAACGCAAAAAACUUAAAAAUAAAAAGGGCAAGGAACCUUAUCUCUCGCAUUCAUCUUUGGCAAGUGGGUCAUCGGCAUGCUCUUCAGUUGCCAGUGAUUGUACUGUGGUAUCAAAGAAUAGCUCUGAGCUGACACCCACCACAAGAAGUGUAACAUCUUCAUCUAAAUUGAGUCUUAAUGACUCUCGAAGUGAUUGUGGAGGUCCUGUAAGUAAGCCUAUACUAUCAGUAGCAAUUAUGCAAAUGCGUCAAGCUUUGGAGUCGGUUUCUAAUGUUUCUGAUAAUCGUUCUGAUAAGUCCAGUGGUGGAGGGUUAGAAAUUGCCUCCAAUUUUUCAGAUACUUCUUCAAACCUUUCAACACUUUCAGAUCUUAGUGGAUAUGAAGAUGAGUAUAUUAGAAUUAAGAAAUUAGUGUCUGAUGCUGUGAUUCCUCCUGAGGAUUAUAAAAAACUUCUUGAUAAAACAAAUGCCAAAUCCCAAGUGUCAAAGCCUGUGCCUUCUGUAGAUUAUGAGAAGAUUAUUCGUGAUUUACAUGCUCAAAAGGAAGACUUAGAAAUUCAAUUGCAUAGACUGUCCAUACAAGUCCAAAAUGCUGUUAGAGAGAAAGAGCUGUACCAGCAGCAAUUAGAAUUAAUGAAUACUAAAAUAACAGAAACAAAUCAGAAACAGUAUUUUGAAGUUUUGAAACAAAGAGCCAACUUAGAGGGCCAAUUGGAAAUGUUAAAGCAAGAACUAGAAAAUUCAGUUUAUGAAAAGAGUCAGCUCCAGGCAAAAGUUACUGAUUCCCUGAAAGAGGUUGAAACUUCAAAAAGUGUAGCUGCAGGAGCAAAAGAAGCUGAAUCUACUAUGAGUGCAAGAUUGCUAAAAUUUGAAGAUGCAAAUAAGGACUUGGAAAAACAGCUAAAAAGAGCUAAUGAUGAGCUUGAAAAAAUUAAUAGAGAGUUUGAAAAGACAACCGAUGAUCUUGCAGCUGCUCAUGAUAAGAAUAUAAACUUAGAGCAGUGUGUGAUGCAAUUACAAGAAAAAGACAGCUCUAUGAUGGCAGAAAUAAAAGGGCUUAAGUCCCGAGUUACCCUCCUACAAGAGGAAUGUCAGACACAUAUUCAGGCUGAACACAAAGCAGAAUCAGUUUCGUGUAAACUUUCUUCUGAAUUAGAGGCUGCACAGAAAUCAAGUCUCUGGUAUCAGGAACAGUUGCACUUGUCUCAGACAGCAAGAUCAAGCUUGCAACAAGAAUUGGUAGAGGCUAGGUCAAGUGUUGCCAAACUUACAUCAGAAAAAGAGGCACUUGACCUGAAAGUACAAACCCUUGCACGUGAAGCAGAAGAUGGACAGGCACGGGCUGUUAGGGAGAAAGCUUCCCUGGUUGCACAUCUUGAAGCCUUGCAGGCUGAUAUGGCUGAACGUGAAGCUUUAGUCUCACAGAUGGAACGAGAUCGGGGUAAUGACACAAAGCUGAUGGAGGAUAGGCGACAAAGGCUAGAGCAAGACCGACACCGGAUUCAUACACUUCGUCUUGAUCUUUCAGAUGCGGAAAGGCAGCUAGAGUCUCUGAAGGAUGACCUGAAACACAAAUGUUUACUUAUCUCAAAAUAUGAGAAAGAGUUGAAGGAUUUAAGAACUUUGGAAGCAGUGAAUCAAGAAGUACUUGCAGAAAGAGAUGCUCGUAUAUUAAAUCUUGAGCAGGCUCUCAGUGAAAACAAAUUGCUUUUAAGCAAUGCCCAGCAUGAUGUGAAGCAGAAGGUCAUUCUGAUCAGUACCUUGAAGGAAGAAAAAUCUAAACUUGAAGUUUCACUUGUAGCAGCUAACAAUGAGAAGAGGGAAGUUGAUGAUGCUAUCAUCAAAGUUCGAGAAGACAUGACAAAGUUAUCUUCUAACUUUUACAGAAUGAAGCAUGACAUAGCGGCAAAAGAUAGGCAGCUGGAAGUUUUCAAAAAAGAAGUUGAAAAUUUAAAUCAGUUGAAAGAUAGUACAGAGAAAAAAUAUGAAUUGCUUGAAUUGAAAAUGCAAGAUAAAGUUGAGGAAAAGAAAUAUGCACAAGAGAUUGAAUCUCUGAAGAAAGAAAGUAAAGAAUUACUAGAUGAAAAGGUAAGAAUAAAUAAAGAAUUUACUGAGGCCCUGCGCACUCUGAAAACAUUGGAAAUAGAAAAGAAAGGCUUAAAUGAGGCUGUGAGAUUAAGAGAAGAGCAGAUCCAAAAUAUGCAAGGAAGCCUUGAGAACUAUAGAGAAGCAAUUCUUAAAAAGGAUGAAGAACUUUAUGUCAUAAAUGAACAGAACUCAUUGAUGGAAAAGUCAUAUGCAGAAUUAAGACGUAACUGGGAUGCUUUAAAGGAGGACAACAUAGCUUUAAGGCAAGAAGCUGAAGCUUACACAGAACAUGAGAAAGCUCAAAAUAGGGAGUUGUUUGAUUUGAGAGAGAGUGUGCAGAAGGAAAGAAAAUUGAAGCAAAACCUUGAAAAGAAAAUGGAGAAGGCACUCAAAUCUCAAGAAGAGGAUAGGUUAAGAAUGGAAAAUAAAAAGUCAGAUUUAGAAAAGAAAACACAGGAAAUGUCUUGUGCACUUAAGAAACUAAAAGAAGAAAAUUUAAGAUUGCUGGAAGCAACUGAAGAGUUGAAAAGUGACCAUGCUGAGGUGUGUCGAGAAUUAUUGAUUGAGAAGGAAGAGAAAGACAAGUUAGAAAUUAGAUUAAAUGAGUGUGUGUCUGAAUUUGAUAGCUUUAAGCAGGGUUCUGCAAAUAGUGCUGAAAUGAUAAACGUUUUACAAAGUAGCAUGGAAGGUUUGUUGAAGGAAAAUAAUGAAAUAACAAACAGGUUGUUAUCAGUACAAAAUGAAAAUCAGGUAAAGAUUUCUGAAUUAGAGAACUUGUUACAGGUGAAAGAAAAAGGCAUAGUUGAUGCAAACAAGAUAAUAGCAGAAAAAGAUUUGCUUGUUGUGAAACUUGACCAAGAGAAGGUCCAGUCUUCAGUCCAAGUUAAAAAUGUUUUGGAAGAAAAUGAUCAGCUUAAGAAGAAAAUACUGCUUUUUGAAGAUCAGAAUAAGGAGAGUAAGAGUCAACUGGAACAUGCGGAGUCUUCAGGUAAAAAGCAAGGGAGGAAUAAGGAUUUGCUAAAGGAAAUUAAUAUACUUCAGGCAAGAUGUCAGGACACAGAAACGAAACUUAAAGAAAUGACUAAACAAAAAGAAAAUCUACAGGCUGCUAUGAAAAAUACCAAAAAAGAGAGUUUGUUAAUGAAAGCCAAAAUGAAGGAGUUUGAGUCAAUGAAAGCCAAGUGCAAAGAACUUGAAUCAUCCAAAGUUAGCAGUCAAGACCUGCAGGCUUUUGAACUUAAAUGUACCGAGAUAGAAUCAAAAUUGAAAUCUGGAGAGGAGAAAGUAUUGUCCUUGGAGGCAUCUUUAACAGACAAGGAGCAUGUAAUUUAUGAAUUGGAACAGAAAGGGAAGGGUCUGGCUUUACAAAUAUGCAGUUUGAAUGAAGUAAAUACAAACUUACAGCUUAAAAUUACUGCCUUGGAAGAUAUUUGUCACAAAUCUAAGGAAGAAAUUGCCCAAUAUCAGACUCGACUCAAGGUAGUAGAAAAUGAUAAAGAUGAGUGGAUGGUCAAGUAUGAGAGCUUGCGUGAUAUCAUACCCGAGCGUGAUACAAGCACUCAACCAGCUGUACAGCUUGGCUUUUCAGAUAGUCAGGUGCUGAGUAGCAGCCAAGAAAGGCUUUCAGUGCCUCCUCUAGACAGCAGCACGGCAAUUAGUAGUGCUCAUACAGGUGUUGGAUUCUUAGGUGACAUGUCAAAAGUAACAAUAGCUAAUGGUUCCCAGUUUGAUAAAACUAUGGCUGACCUUCAAGCUCAGGUUAACUUAACUUCCAAAGCCCUGCAAAGUAAAGAACAGCAGAUUUGUGAGCUCCAAAACCAGAUUAGUUUGCUUCAGUUGGGUGAAUGUAGUAGUUCUAACCCAAGUGUUAAGUUGGAGGACCUACAUGCUUAUAGGGGAGAAAUGAUACCUAUGCAUACUCACCAACAGCAAGUACAGUCUCUCUUAGAAAAAGUAAAGGAACUACAGGCUGUGAAAGAAUGUAUUGGUGCAGCAAAGAAAGAAGUGGUUAACCCAAAGGAAGUUGUUAGUGAUGAAGUUCAUGAGUUACUGAAAAAAGUAAAGGACUUGGAAUCAUCUCUUGAUUCAAAACAGAACGAACUCGACAAAUCUGAAACGAAAAUUUCCGAGUUUCAAGAGAAACACAGACGGUACGAAUCCAAUGUUCGACUGUUGACUAGAAAGCUCAAGGAACACAUGAAAGGAAGAAAGUCAGCAGAAAAGGAGAUUCAACUUCAAGCAGAAAAUCACCAGAGCUUAAUGAAUGAAGAACAUCAGAGGUACUCAGUGCUCAGGUGCAGAUGCAUCGAGUUAGAGGGGCGUUGUGAAUUGCUAGAGGGUCAGGUUGGAAGUCUGGAAACAGAAGUAGAAGAAGUGCGAGUGGCUCUUAAUUCUUCACGCCAAGAAGCCCAGGAGCAUCACCAAAAUACUUUAAUGUUACAGAAAGAAAUUGGAAGACUGCAGGAAUUAACGAAGACUGCAGACACCUUAAGAUCAGAAGUCAACAAGUGUGAAGAGAAGUUGAAUCAAAAGGAAGUUAGAAUAAAGGAAAUGGAAACAGAACUUCAGAUGCUGAAUGGGCAGUUCCAGGAAAAUCUGACUUCUACUGAAGCUUUAAAGUGCAAGUUUGAACAACAACAGUCAGAAGCUUUGCAACUGAAGAAUCAGUGUAAAGAUGUUGAGGGAAGACUUGCCAAAGCUGUGCAGGAUUUGAAGAUUAAAGUUGAAGAAAACAAUUUUGUCAACCAAGCUUUGAAAGACUUGGAAAGCAGUAGAUCCGAAUUGAGUGAGAAAUUACUUCAGGUAGAGGAGAAAUAUAGACAAAUUACAGUUGAUGCCCAGGGAUUACAGGCAGAACAGUUAAAACUGGUAGCAGAUAAGGAAAUUCUUCAAACACAAUUAAGGGAGAGCAUAGCCAGAAAUAAUACCUUAGAAAAUCAUAUCAAGGUUGUAGAUGGUGAAUUAGAAGCUUCAAAGAAAGAUGUUAUUCUUUCUAAGGAAAGGCUACUGAACCUUGAAUCAAGUCAUCAGGCAAAGAUAACCCAGUUGGAAGAGAGCAUCAGUCGUUCAAGGCAGGAGGUUGUCACGCUUUCAAGUCAGUUGGGUCAAGUUCAGAAGGAGAGAGUCAGUUAUCAGAAUCAGGCAACUGAACUACGUGUGGCACUACAAUCCACUUUGGCUCAGCUAAAGAAUUUUGAAGCUGAGGAAGAAGCAAGAGUGGCUAUCCAGACUGAAGUUGGUGUCAUACCUUCUCCAUCACCCCUGGAUCUAACUGCCUUGACAGAGCUUAUGGAAAGAUCUGUUCGUCCCGUUCAAUCUGAAGCGCCAUUGAGUAGUUUGCAGUCCUGUUUAUCAAGCUUAAAAGCUGAAGUUGCGACACUUCAGUCACAGCUUCAAACUAAGGGAAAAGAGUUGGAUGAAGGGUCAAGCUUAGAAGAAAAAUCUGAAGCAGCUUUUCUACUCACAAAUACAAUAAGUUCCCCAGCCCCGAGCUCAUCUAGUACUGAGAUUGUUUAGUCCUCAUGGAAGAGUCUUUGUUACAUUGGUAUUUGUUUAAGGAAAGUAUUACCAAGAUAAAGUUGUAGAAAUACAGUAUUGUUAGUUGUGAAAGUGGUUCAGGUAGAUUUGUAUGCCAUUUCCUACCACACUGGUUGGAAAUUUAAAUUACAUGUAAAGAUAGCCUUUUCCUUAAUAGGCAACUUACUCUUCAUGUUAAAUGACAUGUAAAUAACCGAUAUUUUAUAUAAACAUAAUAUUUACUGUAUACAAAAUUAUGUAGUAAUAUAAUGUUUUGAAUUUUAGGUUGUAAUAUAGAAGUUGAUUUUAAUUGGUUGAUUUGAUCUGGAUUACAAAGUAUGCAACUUAUUUUUGUAGAUAUUUUGUUGUUAAUGAAAUUUUAUGUUUCCUCUGUAUAUUAGUUGGUGAGCGUGAGUGAUGACCAAGAGAAAAGGUUAUACAAUAUAUCCAAGUAGAUAGUAUGGUAGAGGUUCAGUCUGUGUAGAAUGCUCUUUUAAUUGGAAAUCUUAUUCUAGAUUCCAUUGUAUUGGUGAAAUGUUGCAAUACUUUUAUGUAAUACAAAUACUGUAUAUAUUUUCCUGGUGAAAUUGUACUUUUAUCUAAAAAGAUAUAAUUUCCAGCAAAUUGUACAUUUUUGUGCUGUUAACUAUUUAAAGGCUAUAUUUUCCCUCCAUGAAGCUUGCAGGGUUUAGUGAUGAGUGGGAUGAUAUUGAAAGAGUCCCUUUGUGAUAGUUCUUGUUCUCAUCACUCAAGCUUCCAUACUUGAAUUUGACAUUUUUUCAGUUGAUUAAGUGUAAACUUUUGAACUGAAACCAGAUUCUCAAAGUACACUGGAUAAACAUUAAUCCAUAAUUAUCCUUUAAACAUUUCAACCACUUGUUAGAUGAGCAAAGUGUUGAUGUUAUCUGAAACUAUGGAUCCACGCACAAAGUUACUAGACAAUAGUAAUGUUAUUUAGCAGCUGAUUUUAUUGAAAAGAACUUUUUAUAUGGCUACAUGCAAAUUUGAUAAACAUCAUUUUAGUAUGGUUUUAAUAGUUGUAUAUGUAUCUUUUCUACUCUAGGUAGCUUACACAAGGUUAAGAUACUUUUUCUAUCGUGCCAAGACAGAUUUGUGAUAGUAAGUAGACCCCCUUUUUACUGGGGACAAAACUUCCAGUGAGAAAAGGCACUGUUAUGUAUGUUUUAACCACAGUAUGACUGUGACCAACAGUCACAAUGAUUUAUAGUAGUAGCUAAUGCAAUGAAUCACAUUGAAAAUUAAAGUAAGAUUUGCACAACAAGGAAGGGUUCUUUUUAAUUUAUUCAGGUAUGUAUUCUGUAAUUUUGAAUAUAAAUCAGUAUGCUAUUGUGAGUGUUGUUAAAAUCGGGAGUUUAGACUUGGUGGAUUCAUUAUGAUGGAGCCUGGCUUUUUACCCUUUGUUAUAAGUUAAAGAAGUAUUAUAUUGGACAAUAUAUAUUUUUCUGGCUUUAUUAUUCUAGUAGCUUCAUGUUGCAGCUUACCCGCAAAUUUUUAAGUAGAUUGGUUUUUUCAUUACAAGUUUUAAUUUUGUCAUAGCUUAAAUUUCUUCCGGUACACACACGGUUAAUUUCAUGAGAAUGAUUUUACCCAGUGAAAGACAGCAGGAAGUAUGAAUUUUUUUCAUAAAAAAGACUGUUUUUUGGCUUAUAGAGAGCUAGAAAGACUGAAUAUUUUAAAGACUCUUGAAUUAAAACCAGUCAGUCAGCUUGUGGUUGUAAAUUAUGAAAUAAGUUCCCUCAUAUUCUGUGUGGUUGAACUUUGAGAAAGACAUCAGUUUAUGAGUGAGAUUCUUUCAGGCAGAAAUUUCAAGUAAUAUCUUGUGUUUUAGUUUUUUAAGGUUUUGGGGACUUCAGUUUCUUUUCACCUCAUAUUCAUUAUCCUGAUACAUAACUUAUCUCAGACAGAAUGUCAGGUAAGGGAAACUGAGUAGUACAUCUUUUCUGUAUAUAUUUGUUUUGUCCACAAAAUUGCCUAUCAGAGCUUUAUUAGGAUGUUGUAAAAUGGAAAAGGAAACAUUUGCAAUUAUUGCUGGACAAUUGAAUUCCUGUUUAUAUUAAAAGUUUUAAACUAUUGUGGGUUUUUUGCCGUUCAGUUUAGUGUAGGCAAGUAGUACAUAUGGUUUUGAGUAUAAUUUGAUACGUUAUUGUAGGUUUAUUUGGAAGUACAGGUAUUUCAAAAUAAAAAUAAGUUUACGUAUUUCAUGGAAGUAGAAUGGUAAGUUACCAGUCAGUGAUCCGCUGAAGUAAUAAGGAAUUAGGAGCUAGUUUGUGAUUUAUUUUGAAGAUAUAUUCCAAAUGGAGAGCGGGGGCUUCAGAGUUUGUAUUUUUAUUAAUUUCUUCAAAUCCAUGUAAAUGGAGUUAACUCUUAUGCAGCACAUUAUGGAAGCUACAUACUAGGAGUCUUUGCAGGAUCUUUUUUGGCUGCAGCUACAUUGAUUUUGAUCUUUUUCUUUUCAUCUGUUCCCUUUUUACCUUUUUCCUAGCUGUCCAAAUUUCUAAGUUUACCUGGCUCCAGUUUCAAUUCUUGUCUAAGAAUGGAAUCUUUGGAUAUAUUCUAUGAGAGUUAAAACCAAGGAUCAUUAAACUAUUUUUAUUAAGAAGUUUUUUGAAUGACAUGAUAAAAAAAAAUUCAUAUGGCCGUGGCAAUUUUUUACAUAUUUUCUGCAUGUAAUUACCUUAAAACUGUGGGUAGUAGUUUUGGAAACAUUGACUUAUUGCUGAUAUUUUACAUAUUCUUUUAGUAAGUAGUAGGUUGGAAAUUUAGUUAUGAUUAAGAGUAAUGAAGAAAUUUUGUUGUAAAUUGGUGAUUCAAAUAUAUUUGCUCAUACCAAAGAUAUAAUUUUAGAAUGAAUUAGUUGAACCACAUAUUUAAUAUAGUUUUAUUUUACAGUAGCACAAAUUAAAAGUAAAUAAGGUGAUGAUUUUUCAACAUGGCAAAUGGACAAAAUAGGUGCUAGUGUAGGUUUCUGAUAUUAUAUACCUUUUUUGGAUAGGGUAGCAAAGGACAGAUAGUGUAAGCAAUGCUUUCUGUAGUUACUGAAAAAAUGAGUUGGUUAUUUACCCUACUACAAUUCUUGUGUUUUCUUCAAGGUUGAGUCCUGGUGCAUUGAGCAAAUACAGGCAACUUUCACAUAGCAUCCCCUUAUUCCUUCUACUUAUAUUUAUAUGAAACUUUCCAAAUGUUUAUUCCUCUAUAUUUUAAUAUCUACAGCUUUACAAUUAUUAUAUGACAUUUUCCCUGGUGGAAAAAAUAUAGUAGCAUUUUUUUUGUUUUGCAAAUGUAAAGCAACUGUACCAUAUCUCUUCAUUGUAGGUUUGUUAAGCAUUGAAUAAUUAAGGGUGCUUAAAUAACUUGCACUCUGAUUUCAGUAGCUGAGACUAGUAUUUUUGAUUAAUGAUGCACAUGACUAAAAUAAUGGUUAUAUUUUAUUUGUUGCUGAUAGUUUCAGAUGUUGAUAUUUUUAGUAGGUCUCUUUAGCUUUGCUAGUUAGUGAAUGCUUCAGGGUUAUGCAAGGAAGAUCUGCUCUUUGGUAAUUUGUUUGGUCUGGACUGAAAGUAUUAGCCUUGAGUGUACUACAGUGGCUGUGCAUGUCUUAGAUUCCAAGCUCCUUUUUUUUUGUUUGUUUGACUGUAAAACAGUAUUUCAGAUGGUUGAAAUUCUAACAGAUGUAAUGUAGGCUAUAGAAAUAAGAUUCAUUAGCAGCAUUUGUGGACUAAAUUGAACCCUGUUUCUAAGUAUUCAUUUCCAAUAGAUUUGAAAUGCUAAAUUGUUGAAAACUUCCUUGGGGUAAUUGCAUUUGGUCAUAAGCAUUUUAUCAUGUUAUAACUUUGCUUAAAUUGGCAAAUUUUUCAUUUACUUUAUUUAAACUUAUGCUAAUGAUGCUUUUCUUAAUUGCCAUUUUAAAUAUUUUAAAUCAUAUGCGGUUUUAUAUUGUAACAUGUCAGUUGAUUGAUAGACAAUAAUUUCGUAUGCUUAAAUCUUGACAAUAAAUGCCUGCUGAUCAUUAUCUAUAUUUAAUUUUGCUUUUUAAUUAUUUCAAACAUGUCUCACUGAAAAAUUGCUGAAAUACUUUAUUUGAUUAUAUCCAGAUGUUGAAUAUUUUGUGUUCCUUUGUCUGUAGAUAAUUUGUUUCUUUUACAUAAUUUUCAAGACUAUUUUGUAAAUUGAAAUUAAAAAUAUUCUCUUGGCUGGUUUUCAAAAUUCAGUGUAGUGUAAUGAAAGUUAAGAAUGUACUAAGGGUGUAGAAGUAAUUUUAUUGACAGUUGGAAGAAUAUACACCAACUCAGUAUGGAACAGGUUACUUUGGAAAUAAGGUAAUUUUGCUCUCAGAGUUUAAUUAAUUGAACCACUGUAUUUAGCAUUUGAAUGGUUUGUUAUUUUGAAAAAUUACAAGAAAAGUUUUGUCAUACUAUAUUAGAAUAGCUACUUUUUCCACAUAUGUAAUGUGAUAGUUUCUUAUGAAAAAAUGAAUUUCUAAUAGAAAUUCAAGAUAGGUUAAAAAAUGACUGUGAUUGAAACUGAACUUUUAUGAGUAUAGAAGUACUAUACUACUAUUGUUUAGUAUUGGUUAUGUAUGUUGAAAUUUACGCAGUUUUGUAUAGGAAUAUUUUUCCCUUUGCUUUGAUAUCGUAUCUAGUCUAUUUUUGUUGUAUAACCGGAAAUUCUGUUCCUUGAUAACAUAUGAGCUCCAAAGUAUAUAUGCAAGUGUGUAUGCUAACAGGUAUGUACACAGAAAUUUGACAUAUGAAUAAAGCUUUAAUUUUUA